UUGCAAAUAAUUUAGUUGAACUAUCAGAAAUGAAAUAUACUUCUAGAUGCUAAGUGGAUUGGCCAAUAUGAAACCUGAAACCAAAACUGAAAAAAUGAAUUACAUUGUGAAUUACUUUGAAUUUUUAGAAUCAACCUCUAUCCUAUUUGAAUACUAUGAAUUUUUUGGAUUGUUUGAUUGUUAUCACUUGAUUUAUGAAUGUUACUGUAGAUUAAAAGCACUGAUAAAUAAUAUAUUGUCUCUGAAAUAAAUGAUUUUAAAAUGAGUACAUUAUUGAAGUGUUGAAAGUAUUUGUGAAUCUUUUAGUUUUUUGUGGGUUAAAUAUAUGAUGAGGUGGCUCCAAUAUUAUUUGAUAGAGUUUUUUUAUUGCCUAGAUUUUCAGUGAGCUGAAUUCACAAUUAUUGGUUCAUUGAAAGUAUGUGUAUGAAUCAAAAGAUUCCUGUAACAAUGUCCCGGCAUGUACUAUCAGUAUGCAUUUUCUGUUUCAUUUGUGCAACACACUCGCCGUGCGCUUCUCAUGCUGCCACCAGACAAGAGAACAUAUUUCGCCACAAAAAUUACUAUGAUCCAAAGAAUAUACAAGCUAUCGAACAGCUUCAAAUUACAUCCCGAGAAAAACAAAAAUUUGACCAAGUAUCGAUCGGGACUGCUCACGAUGACAAGGCUAUCGAAUUGGGACAUCCUAGCAACAGGAAGGUGAAACGUAACAGCUAUAAUAGUGAUGUAAAUAGUGAAACAGAACAAGAUUAUAUUAGGAAAAUAUUCAUGAUGUAUGGUAAUGGGGAAGAAAUGACUUUGGAGGGAUUCACGAAAUUUUUAGCAGACAUGAAGUUGCAUGAGGUCGUUGUUAAGAGAAAUGACGAACAUGAUAUCGAGCACCAUAUUGAUGUACAUGUGGAAGAAAAUAGCAUG